AUGUCCGACAACGAUUCCACCACAAAGAGCGAGUCGCCAGCCAAGGCCGAGAAGAAGAUCGUCACCUUCACCGAAAAGGAAGAGAUGGUCCUGAAGGUCGCCUGGCGCUGCCUCAAGUCGGGACCCCCUGAGAUCGACAUGGAUAAGCUCACCAAGGCUGCCGGCUUCAACACCCUGAAGACCGCCACCAACACUUGGGGUGUCAUCAAGAAGAAGUUGUUCACCGAUGUUGACAACAACACAACCGCACCCGGAUCCCCAUCGACUCCCAAAGAACCCAAGACUGUCAAGGCCAAGAAGGGCACCCCUACCCCCAAGAAGCGUAACAAGAAGGCAGCCGACGAAGAUGAUGACGAAGACGAUGACGAGGGCAGAUCUGUUCUCGCAAAGAGAAAGAAGCCCUCUCCCGUCAAGAAGAUGGUCAAGAGCGAGGACUCUGACGACGAGUAA